AUGACAACCGUAGCUGCAACAGGUCUCAACUUCGCGACUCCACGAGCAGUCGUACUACCAGUGGCUCGUCUAUCCGCCCCGGUCCGUUUGAACUACCCGUGGAAAUUCAGUUCGAUGAACCGUAUGGUUAUGUCGGUGAAGGCGACACCAGAAGGAGGGAUAUCGGAUAAGGUGGAGAAGAGUAUUCAAGAAGCGAAGGAGACUUGCGCUGACGAUCCGGUUAGCGGGGAGUGUGUGGCGGCUUGGGACGAGGUGGAGGAGCUGAGUGCGGCAGCGAGUCACGCAAGGGACAAGAAGAAAGCUGGUGGAUCCGAUCCUUUGGAAGAAUAUUGCAGCGAUAAUCCUGAAACUGAUGAGUGUCGUACUUAUGACAACUGA